AUGCCAACACCAGAUGCUGAUCAGCCUCCUCCCCUUCCGCCGAAAGAAUGGCGUGCAGCAGCUCUGCCAGCACCAAUGGAGCCAAACCCUAUGCCCACGCCACCAAGGCAAAAGAAGAAGGUGCCAUGGAAGGGAAAGAGUAUUCUGGUGCUCCUACCAUGGGACGACCAUCGUGGUCAGAAGGGAAUGGCACCGAUGCCGAUGACUACCAAAGAUGUAGCUGCUAUGUUGAAGGAGUGGGAGCAAUUGGGCUACGAUACUACUGGUUUCAAUCUUGGUCCUGAAUCUGUUGGUGUCGAUGAAGGGAGCCAAGGUCAAAGUCGAAGCCCAUGGCCCUUGGGGCAAGAUGUGGUGAAUGAGAGAGCGGAGAGAAAUUUCAAAAUCAGCAUCCCUGAUAAAAAACAAUGGGACGCUUAUGUACAGGAGCUUCAAGAAGCCAAGCUACGAGCUCUGGGCGUGUCGUUGGGCGACGAAGAUCCGGUUCCGACCAUCUCCCCUGCUGUCUCGAAUGUGAGCCGCCGAACCUCAAUGCAGUAUCCUCCAUUGCCAUUCUCACCGCCGAUACCGACGUCAUCUGCGAACUCGAGUCACCUUACACACCAGCCCAAUCCAUUUUCUCCUGUGUUGAUGCCAGGAGCGGGCAUGUCAACAAGUCAAAGCUCGAAUCCAGGCUCCAUCGCAUCUCCUGCCUCGAUGAACGCACACAUGCAGGGAAAGUACAAUCCCAGACAAUCUGUUUCUUUCACGGGUGCCGAGCAUCCAUUUGGUUCCCCAUUUCAAUACCCUCAACAGCAAUCGCCCGGUGUGUGGUCACCGCAACAGAUGCUUUACCAGCAAGGCCAUGCUCGUGGUGGCUCGCCAUCGCUACAUAAUUUAGGAGCAAUGAUGUCGCCAGCAUCACCUUUCUCUCAAGAUGGCUAUUUCCCUCAGAACGGAGAUGUCCUGUCACAGAUGCAACAACGACAGCAAAUAUUGCAAAACCAACUUGCGCAUCAACAGCAAUUGCAGCUCAGCGCAAGAGCGUCUCCACGUCUUCAAGAAGUACGGGAAACUGAAGAUGAGGAUCUUCCUUCGAAGAGUCCUUCCAAGACUCCUGAGGCUAGGCAAAUCAAGCACAAUCCAAGUGCCAGCUUACAAAAGGAGAUUGAUGACGCAGAAUAUCAUCUCGAGGAACAAUUCCAGAGACAGCUUGAACACGAUGAUUACAGCCCUCAUUCGGACAAAGCAGAGGAUACGUUUGAGGAGGCCGCCAAAUCGCAUACACGCAACCCCUCAGGACCUCAAGGACUUGGUGCUUCUCGCUUUGCUAGCGAUGAUUCUGAAGAGGGUCCAAUUCUGCACCAUCCUCAGCCACAUAGCAGAGGCCAUUCUCUGUCUCAACGACCAUUCCAUGACAGUGAGGAGAGUGCUCCAGAAUCCAAGUUACUUGGAGCUGCUGCGAAGCCGGAUCUCUCUGAUAUCGAAACUAAUCCAAGCAAUCUGGGAACUCCUAUUCCGUCCAUGGACUUGUCUAGCAGUGGACAUGGUAGAGCUAUGUCGGCUGCCAGCAACCCUUGGGCCGAUUCUGACGCCAACCACACUGAAGAUAGCAGUAGACCCAAACUUGGCCAUGCGGCUAAACCUUCCAUGUCGAAGCUCAAUGUGGCAGCAAAGGAGUUCAAAUUCAAGCCGGCAAAUACCUUCCAGCCAAACCAGUUUGCGUUUGGUGCGAACAACUUCCAGCCGCCUGCUAUCAAUGCUUACACUGCUUUUGCUCCGCCAGUGUCUGCUACGUCCAGUCAUUUCAGUAACAAUUCGAUUGCUAGUUCAAAGGGCAGAAUCAACGUCGGUGCGCCUGCCUUCACUCCUGGCCAAAGCGAAUUUAGCUUUUCGGCCUCGGGACCAAGCUUCAGACCAGAUGCACCUUCGUUCACUCCGGGUACCUUCUCCGAUUCAGUGGGUUCGGGAAGUGAAGGUCCUCGUACUUCGAUCUUUGGUAGUAUUGACUUGAGUGCACUGGGCAUUUCGAAACCUGCCAAGAAGAACAAGGCAAUCCCAAUCAUACGUCCGGACAGUAGUCAAUCUAGAAAUCUGGACGACGAAACUCUGGAAGAUAAAGAUGGCCGGAUUACACAAGGUGAAGGUCGCUUCAAGAGAGCUAAGGGUGGAAAAGAUGAUGGUGACUCUGUUCCACUUUUUGCGGAUAGUAUGCCGUUGGGCGAAACCAACCGAGAACAAUCACCUCCCAAAGAAUCCCUUCCAGCCCCGACCACCCAAGCUGACAAGGAAAAUUCUGCACCACUUGGCGACAGUGGCGAAGAAGAGACUACGUCGGUUCCCGCCAAGUCUCAUGCUCGCGACUUCUCUAUGAACUCUCCCGAGUCAGGCAAGGACUGGGCACCGUGGGAGUUCGCUCAACAAGAGCAGGCCGCAGACUUCAAUUCAGCAAGACCUUUCACAUCGAAAAGAUACGGAUCAGGUCUUCCUGCGUAUGGCAACUACGCAUUGUCUUCUGAUGAACCUCAAACGCCUGUCGAGCCUGAGAAACCUAAGGGUCACAAGAAGAGUACUUCUUCACUAUCGGCUACAGCGAAACCCUUUGAGUUCAGGCCAGGUGCUUUUAAUUUUACAUUUGGACAAUCUUCAGAAUCUGUUCCUGCUCCGAUCACGCCGAUAACCCUGCCAAAGACUGGUGGAUUGUCUGCAUCUAGAUAUGCUUCAAGCCCAACUCCACCUGCAGAGGUACCUUCUCCAGAGGUCAUCUUGGACCGACACGAGUCCAUGCAGUUCCAAGCAUCCUUGCCAGGGCCGGAGAGUCCCCCGACUUAUGUUGAGGACGAGCCACAGGAACCAGAAGAGGACGAGGAGCUAGAGGCAGAGCAGCCAGAGGCAAUUCACGAGCAGACUGUUGAAGAGAUUGACGACAUUCUUAACCACCUCAACCAAGCUGAACAAUCUGCUGCACGUGAAACCGAAGUACCAACAUGGCUUCAACAAAGUCCUCAAAGACAAGUUCAAAUGCCCGAACCUGACAAUUCUUCGCCAAUCAGAUUACUGCCACAGAAUCUCAUGCGAAGCGAUGCUCCCAGCCCGAGCCCAAGAAGAUUCCAUCCUUUGCCUGGACAAUCAGGAGUUUUCGGUCGUGUACCAGAAGAUCCAUUCGUGGGCGAGGCUCCAGUUCAGAGUUAUGGCUCUCCUGUCCGUCAAUUGAACAGACUUGAUAGCCUACCUCCAAGCGAAUGGGAUGAUGUGUUGAGUGAGACUGAGGAAGCCAAGCUUCAGCCGAGAGCACAAUUCUUCGACAACCAUGUCAACGAGCUUGUUGGUGGUCUUUUGUCCGAAAGACUCGAUCCAUUGGAGCGGACUUUGGAGACGAUUCAAAUGUCUAUAGAUAUGAUGGCCGCUCGAGCACCAUCAAGUCGUCGCGAGAGACGUAGCAUCUCUGGUGCUCUUAGCGAUGCUGAUGAUGAAGACGACGAUAACCCUCGCCGAUCUUUGAGUCCAAGAAGAGACAAGAAGAUGGAAAAGAUUCGAGCUAUCGUCACAGAGGUCUUAAAUGCCCAUCAACCAUCCAGACCAGCUACCGCGACUGCUCCAUCAAUCCUUCCAGACUCUCGCAAUGUUCUGCAAGCAUUGGAAGAAAUGAAGGAACAAUUCGGUGCUUCGAUGCGUUUGGAUCUUCGUGGUGAGGAUCUACGGAAUAUUGUCGAGGAAGCUGUGGAAAGACGCAUGCCUGCUAGUCCUAAGCCGUUUUUCGAUGAGGCUGCCGCUGCUCGCGAAGCCGAGUACAAGUCACGAAUCGCAGACCUCGAGGAAAAGCUGCUUCCUGCUAAACCUAUUAUUGACGAGGCCGCCAUCGCCAGGGAAGCUGAGUACAGGGCAAGAAUUGCCGACCUCGAGGAGAAGCUCUUCCGUGCAGAGGCCGAUGGCACCUCUCGUGUUGCAGACCUUGAAGAACGUCUUGGCCGUACCGAGGACAGAACCGAAAAGGAGGUGUCAACCCGCCGUGCAGCUGAGGACCGUCUAGCUGAAGUCCAGAGAUUGCUCCGCAUCUCUUCCGAGGAGGAAAUCCGCCUUCGGGAAGCCAUGGAUGAGCGAGAAAUCAAGAUCCGUGAAAUUGUGGAUGAGAGCGAUAUGAAGGUAAGAAGUGUCGAGGAACAACGUGCUAAGACCACAAUGCGAAUCGCCUUACUUGAAGCCGCCCAAGAGAAUGCCCUCAGAUCCCAGUCCGAGCUCCAGAACCGGAUUAACAUCACAGAAAUUGAUCUCCGUGAAGCGAGACAAGAAACUCAACGCUGGCAAAUGGAGGCCGAACGGGCAUUGGAAGCAGCCAGACGGCACAGUGAUGACGCGGAGCAGGCCAAUGAGACGAACAAGGAUUUGAGGCGUACGAUCGAUAGCCUGAGGACUCAGAUGGAGGAAAGUAUCCGAGUCCGCGAAGGCAUGAGAGGGAAAUUAAUCGAUCUGCAGGAGGAUAUGGCCAAAGCUGCCCGUGACAUUUCCGAUGAAAACGCUCGACGCGCCAAGAAGGAAGCCGAGCUCGUUGCCAGACAGGAGGUUCUCGAUGCCAAACUCCAGGCCGAAGCUAGGACGAGGGAGCGACUGGAGACUGAGAUUGAGAGGUUGGAAGCUGGUGAGAGGGAGGGAAUGCGUGCCGUCAACGAUGCAAAGAAGCUUGACUUGCUGCUUGAGGAUCUGAGACAAGAAAAUCAUCUUGCACUCAAGGAUGCUAUGCGGUACAAGCGAGAAUUUGAGGAGGCAAGAGAGUCUGGUUUGGCGGAGGUCCAACGCACGACUCAUUACAUGCAGGGUCAAAUCGAAGCUGCCAACAACCAAGUCAAUGUCGUGCGAGAAGAUCUCGAGAACCAAGUUGCUCGCGUUCGUGCAGAACUUGAUCAGGUCAAGCUAGAUUCCGAUACAACCAGAGCCAAGCACGAGAUGCUUUUGGAGGAAGUUGAGACGACAAAACAAUCUAUGGUUGAGGAAAUGAAGCGAAAGCAUGCUGAUGCCAUCGAAGAUCUAGAGACACAGCACAAGCGUCAACUAGAUAACAUUGUUGAGGACGCUGAGCGAUCUGAACGCCACUUCCUGGAGCGUCUGUCACUUUCUUCAGCCAAGACCGAGCAUCUUCAAGACAAAGUUGUUCAUCUUGAAGAGAAGCUUGAGAUUGCCAACCAAGCUGCCGCCGCUGCUGCCACUGCUGCAAAGACCGCUCGUUCUGCAAGUACUUCUGUUCAUGGUCAAUAUAAACCUAUCUCUCGUGGUACGGAACUACCAGAAAAGAUUUCACCCCAAGCUCUACGUGAGAGUAUUAUGGUCCUUCAGGAACAACUACAAGAUCGUGAAUCCACGAUUGAACAACUCGAAGCAACCCUCUCAACCAUGGACCUCGACGCACCAACCAAGAUCGCCAAACGUGACGACGAGAUCAUGUGGCUAAGAGAACUCCUCGCUGUCCGGAAAGGCGACUUACAAGACAUCGUCCAGAGUCUCGAGGCCGACCAAUUCGAACCCGAACGCGUCCGCGAUGCCGCCAUCCGCCUCAGAGCAAACCUCCAAAUGGAAGAACAAGAGCGCGAACGCGCCCUAAACGGAGGCAGCGCCCUCAACCUCCCCAACAUCGCCGCCUCCCUCCGCGACGGAAUAGCCUCCUCCCCGCGCGUCGCCCAAGCCGUGGGUCCCCUCGCCGCAGCCUGGGGAAACUGGCGAAAAGGCCGCGCAGACCUCACACAGGAGAUGCAACCCCGGCACUCACGAAGCAGUUCCUCGACCCCCGCACGCGCUAGUCCAGGGACGCAGAGCUUUCUGUCAGGACUCCUGACUCCGCCGGCUAGUAACGCGCGCCAGGGUACACCUCCGACGACAGCUAGUCUCCGUCAAGAGCAACCAACAGCGUUUGGUAGUACGGGUCAGAGAAUGACGUUAAGUCAGCUGGCGAAUCAACCGAGAACCCUGCCCGUCAGCGCGAAGAGAAUGGAUCCCAGUACGCCGCCUAUGAUGCGGAAGAGUAGCUACGACGCGGACGCGAGGGCGGAGGAUUUCAGUGAUGCGGGGUUCUAUGAUGAUGAUGAGAGUACGGUUGAAGAUGGGUUUGGUGGUGGUGGUGGGCAGGGGAAGGGGAAGGGUGUUGCUAGGUGGUAG